AUGAUAAAAUCUCCCGGACCUUCAAGACCGCCCGGACAAUACGUCCCCGCAAAAAACACACAAUUCAACCUCAUCGACAAUGAAUAUGACAAAAACACCUACGCCCAAUGCAACUACACAUCCUAUCGAACUCUAAUGCGAUGCAAGCAAAUUCGACCGAAAGAGGAACUUGUGAGGAAUUCCGGAAAAUGUGAGGAACAUGAUAAACACGCGGAAAUGUUGAGGAAUAAUCGGAAUAAAGAGGAACUGCGGAUUCGCGCGGAAUGCGAUAAUUUGAAUGGAAAACGUAGGAAGUUUCAUUCAAUUAUUGUUAGCAAUGAUUAUGUUAGUGAUGAGGAAGACUAUCUUCAAUCUUGCUCAAGUUUACCCAAUGAAUUGCCCGAUAAAGCAUAUGAUAAUACAAUUGACUCAGAUCCAAUGAGACAUGCGGAAAUAUUCACAGAAAAGGAUAUUCUACGCUUAAAAAUCAAAUAUCUCAAGCAAGACAUUGAUGAUCUCAAUCAAUUUUACGAGAUGCUCGAGGCCGAAGCGGCAAAAACCUCGGAUAAACUAAAUGACAGCUCUUCUCGACCAGUUGUGCUAGAUGUUCCACAAAUUCGAGCGCUGGAAUCGAUUCAGGAAAUUGGGCGGAAAGAUUAUCCGAGAGCUGGAUUGGAUCGAUAUCGGGGACCGCGGGAAGUCUGCAGAUAUGGGAGAAGUGAUCUAGAUCUUCCUGAUUCUAUCGUCAUUCCUCAAAUUCUUGAAAACCUUUUGGAUAAAACUUGCGGGAAGGUUUUGAAAAAACCUAUUGAACCAUGUAGAGCUGAAGCAUUGGCAAGAAUUGGUUAUUGUAAAGAUCGUGAGUUUCUUUCUAGAAAUAGAUAGACUAGACUCUAGUUUAAUUAUCAAAACUUUCAGAUAUUUUCCACGAUAAGGCCAAUAAAUUAUUCACGCAUUGUACAAUUUGCGGACAUUUGGCGGUGGCUACAGAUGAUCCAACUUGCCCAUUUCAUAUGAGUAUGUUACGAUUUUGCUUAAUGCGCUGAUCAAAAUGCUGUGAAAAUCGGUUCGGGGAGAGCCAAGAAAUUGUUUUUUUGAGGUUGAAGAAUUACUAUUUCAAAUUUUUUUCAAAACCAAAAUUUCACAGGGAUUACGAACUUUGAUUAUAGUUUUCAAUGAAAAAUAUCUAUAGUCGAGAUCAUAUUUUCAAAUUUUUCACGCAAUUGAUUUGAAAUCUUGGAUUUUAAUCGUAUUUGUAGGAUAGAGAGGCCUAAGACAAUUCGAAUGAUAUGAAUUUUGAUUACUUUACGUUAUCCUUAAGUGAUUUAACGCUAAAUCACCUAAGGACAACGUAAAGUAAUCAAAAAUUAUGUAAUCAAAAAAUUAAAAAAUAUUAACGUAGUCAAAAAAUUAAAAAAUAUUAACGCUAAAUCACCUAAGGACAACGUAAAGUAAUCAAAAAUUAUAUCAUUCGAAUUGUCUUAGGCUUCUCUAUCCUAUAAUUACGAUUAAAAGCCAAGAUUUCAAAUAACUUGCGUGAAAAAUUUGAAAAUAUGAUUUCGACUAUAGAUAUUUUUAAUUGAAAACUAUUAUCAAAGUUCGGAAUCCCUGCGAAUUUUUGGUUUUGAAAAAAUUUGAAACAGUAAUUUUUUAACCUCAAAAAAACCCUUUUUCUUGGCUUUCCCUGAACCGAUUUUCACAGCAUUUUGAUCAGCGCAUUGCUCAUGUUACAAAUGGAAAAAUUCCAGAAAAAAUCGUUGGAUAUCGCUGCUUGGACCCGCAAUACAAUACUCGAAAAGGCGAAGAAGAUGUGCGAACUCCUGGACACGAUUUGUAUUUUGAACAAAAUCAUCAAAGAGGCUCGCAAAUGACGCCGAUUAAACAUGUGAUUAUUGAUGAUGAGGAUGAGGAUGAUAUGCGAUUGGGCAAUUUGGGACAUAUUGAAACGGUGAGAAAUAUUUGAAAUCUGAAGUUUUGGCGCCAAAAAUAUACCAUUUUUCUUCAAAAAACAUGAUUUUUCAUGUAUUUUUUGCCAAAAUUCACUAAAUUUGACACCAAAAACCCCUCUCCUCCCACAAAAACCACAUUUUUCCAGAUGCCUUCCCCGCUGGCUUCACUCGGAAUGGGUUUCGGUCCAGCACCGCGUGGCAUUCGCACAAUCAUCGCUCCCCCCUACAUCCAAUCAUCCGGUCCAACUCCGGCUCAGCGAGCCGCGCAACUUCGCCUCCAACAACAACGCGACGAGGUUUCGCAGGCGGAAUUGGCGCGAGCUCGCGAGGAGCAAGAGGAGAAGACGAGCAAGUGCGCGAGAGCACGACCUUUGCAUCCCGACUAUUUUAAUAAGGAGGAUAAUGUUGCGUUGGCGACGGCGCAGAGUGAGUUAGCGGAAGUCCUAAAAAUGCAGGAGACAGUGCCAUUGGGAAUCCAUCCGCGUGGCCGCUGCGUGGAAGCUUGCGGUCUACACUCGCUACGCUCGAAAACAAAAAAGAAAUGGGCCGAACCGGGGAUUGAACCCGGGACCUCUCGCACCCAAAGCGAGAAUCAUACCACUAGACCAUUCGGCCACGUUUUAAACAAGCUUAAUUUCCCCGAAAUAAUCUUAUCUUUCAAAUUUUCCAUAAGAGAUAAGAGAUCUCCAUCAAUUUUUUGGGGAAAAUUGGAAAGAUAAGAUUAUUACGGGGAAAUUAAGCUUGAUUAAAACGUGGCCGAAUGGUCUAGUGGUAUGAUUCUCGCUUUGGGUGCGAGAGGUCCCGGGUUCAAUCCCCGGUUCGGCCCAUUUCUUUUUGCUGGCGGGAUUUUGAAUUAUUGAAGAAAAAAUUCACUGUUUCAAAUUGUUUUAAAAAUUUUUGCGCUUGGAAAAAACUUGGAUUGGAGAACUGGUUUGAGUGAAAAUCCAAAAAAAAAUAUUUUUUGAGGUUAAAAAGUUACUGUUUCAAAUUUUGUUUUCUUUUGAAAGCCAAAAAUUCGCAGGGAUUCUGACUUUGAUAAUAGUUUUCAAUUAAAAAUAAAUAUAGUCGAGAUCAUAUUUUCAAAUUUUUCACGCAAGUUAUUUGAAAUUUUGGCUUUUAAUCGUAAUUAUAGGAUAGAGAAGCCUAAGACAAUGAAAAUGAUAUAAUUUUUGAUUACUUCACGUUAUCCUCAAGUGAUUUAACGCUAAAUCACAUAGGGAUGACAUAAAGUACUCAAUAAUUAAAUCAUUCGAAUUGUCUUAGGCUGAUCUAUCCUAUAAAUACGAUUAAAAUCCAAAAUUUCAAAUCAGUCGACUAUAGAUAUUUUUAAUUGAACACUAUUAUCGGAAAUACAACAAAAUAUUGAAUCCCUGCGAAAUUUUGAUUUUGAAAAGAAAACAAAAUUUGAAACAGUAAAUUUUUAAACCCAAAAUAUAUUUUUUUUUGGAAAUUCCUUCUGAAACCGGUGAAGUUAUCAAGUUUUUUUUCGAAAACAAAACUUUUCGAAAAAUCUUGAAACAGUGAAUUUUUGAGCAUUUGAGCCUAGAAAAAAAGGUUGCGGAAAGUCGCGAGUGUAAACCGCAAGCUUCCGCGUAAGCGGCACUAUCUUCCGCUUUAGCGGCCACGCGGUUUACUAUGACUUGGGGAGGGGGAGGGAAUCCUGCAGGUUUCAGUUCACCGCGUGGCUGCUGCGCGGAAUUUUCCGGUUUACACUCGCUACGCUCGAAAAUUAAUAAAUUUUGAAACCAAAAAUCGAAAAAACCUCCACGAAAAUAACAUUUUCAUUUUUUUUUUCGCAAAUGAGUUGAAAUAUUGGGUUCUAAUGUUAUUCUUAUGGUAGAAUGGGCUAAGACGAACAGAAUUAUAUAAAUUUUGAUGACGUUACCUUAUCCAUAAGUGAUUUAGCGACUCUUGAACGAAAAAUUCGACUAAAAGUCGCUAAAUCACUUAUGGAUAAGGUAAACUCAUCAAAAUUUCUAUCAUUCUGUUCGUCUUAGACCAUUCUAUCAUAUGAAUAACAUUAGAACCCAAUAUUUCAAUUCACUUGCUUAAAAAACCUGAAAAUGUCAUUUAGUCGAUGUCCAACUAUAAUUCAAAUUUUCAACCCAAAAAUCUUGCAGCUCCCACGAACACCGUCAAAAACAUCAAACACACCAACAUGCUCCUCCAUCAUCCAAGUGCCCCAACACCUCGACUUAUCCCAUCUUCAACUCAUCUUCACACAUUCCCCCCGCCUCCACAAAAUCCACAACAACAACGCGCUCAUUAUAUGUCAACACUUCAACAUCCAACUAUGCCAACCCAGAAGCAUUAUACUACAAAGUAUCCGCUUCCUCGAAGAGCUCCGGGAGUUACCGGAACUCCAGUCGCUAUCCCACUUGAUGCUCAGAUAAAUGUGCAUGAUGAUGAUCCAAGUUUGCCACAUUAUACGAGAUUGGAGAAGAAUGUGCCACGUGGCGUGCCGUAUGUUAAGCAUGGAACAUCGUUCAGAAAAUCGGAAGAUGCUUCCGCUUCCGCUUCCGCAUCGCAACUCCAUCCCAAACCGCUUCCGAUAAUAAAAACACCCGCCACCCACCAGCCAAAAGCAAUUGCGCCCCAUCGAGAAAUCGCAAAGACUAUGGCGAAUUUGGCAUCUAGCAGCUAUCCGCGACCACUUUUGCCGCCUCCGCCGCCGGCACCGCGGCCACCGAAAUUCCAUGCCGGAAUGUUUGAGAAUACGAAAGAUGCGCCGAUGGUUGUACCAGCUGGAGCCGAUCCGAAAAUGGAUGUGAAAAGCUAUUUGGCAUUGCGGAUUGGUGGGUGAUUUUUGGGAGGGGAAGAUUUUGAGAGAAAAAAUAUUGAAGAAAAAUUCACUGUUUCAAAAUUUGAAUAUCAAAAUUACUGAUUUUUUGAAAAUGUUCUGUUUUGAAAGUACAGUUCUGGUCAAAAUUUUAAUAAUUUCAUUAAAACUUGAUUUUUUUUUUUGCUUCAAAGUUUACACAUGAAAAUGGAAGAUUUUUUGAAAAUUGAUGAAAUUGAAAGAUUUUUUGAAAACAGUUUCAGAUAUGCUUAGAGAAAAAUUUCAUUGUUUCAAAAAAUUUGAAUAUAAGUUUUCAAAUGUCAAAAUUUAAUAUUAAAGUGUGAAAAAUAUCAUUAAAAAAUUUACUGUUUCAAAUUUUAAUAUCAACAUUUACGAUUUUUGGACUUGGUUUGGCUAUAUUUUCUUCACAAAAAACCUAAAUUUUUUUCCAUAAAAAUUUACUGCUUCAAAAUUGUUAUAUUAAAAUUGCAGAAUUUUUGAAAUUAGUCCGUUAUUGAUUGAAAUCUUAUGAAAAACUAUCAAAGAAAAUUUUAGAUCAGAAAGUUUUGCUUUUAAAAAUCUUGUUUUUUUUUCAUUAAAAAUUCACUGUUUCAAGAAAUUUAAAUACAAGUUUUGAAAUGUUGAAAUUCAAUGACAAACAAAAUUCUGAAAAAAAACUUUCAAAGAAAACACGGCCUUUCAGAAAUAGGGAAAAUUGCAAGUUGAGAGAGACGCAGAGAGAGAAAAAACCACCUUCAAAUGGAAAUACGAAACACCAAUUCCAUUUGCAGUUCGACUCCUCGUUUCGAGACCAAGCGCGGGAAACAUGUUUUUCAAAUAUUUUCAAAUUCAAAAACGCUUCCCGCGCUUGGUUUCGAAACGAUAGAUCAAAUCAUUUGUGAAUUUCGUGAUUUGGAUUUCUUUUUGAAGAAGUUUUCUCGUUUUCUUUGUGUCUUUCUCGAUUUACCCUGUAAAAGGCCGUGAAAAUUUACACCACUUCAAACCUGAUUUCUUCCAUAAAAAUUCACUGUUUCAAGAAAUUUAAAUAUAAGUUUUGAAAUGUUCGAAUUUAAUGACGAACUCUAUACAAGUUUUCAAAUGUCAAAAUUUAAUAUAUGAAAAAUAUCAUCAAAAGUAUGAAAAAUAUCAUCAAAAAAUUUAACUGUUUCAAAAUUUGUAUAUUACCAUUUUUGAUUUUUGGACUUGGUUCGGCUAUAUCAUUUUCUUUCACAAAUAAAAACCUAAAUUUUUUUCCAUAAAAUUUCACUGUUUCAAAAUUGUUAUAUCAAAAGUGCAGAAUUUUUGGAAACAGUUUGAGAUAUGCUUACAUUGUUAGAGAAAAAUUUUACUGUUUCAAAAAAAAUUUGAAUAUAAGUUUUCAAAUGUCAAAAUUUAAUAUGAAAGUGUGAUAAAUAUCAUCAAAAAAUUUCACUGUUUCAAUAUUUUUAUAUCAAAAUUUACGAUUUUUGGACUUGCUUCGGCUUUAUUAUUUUCUUUCACAAAAAAACCCAAUUUUUUCCAUAAAAUUUCACUGUUUCAAAAUUGUUAUAUUAAAAUUGCAGAAUUUUUGAAAACAUUUUGAGAUACACUUAUAGAGAAAAAUUUUACUGUUUCAAAAAAAUUUGAAUAUAAAUUUUCAAAUGUCAAAAGUUAAUGUCAGAAUGUAAAAUACCUCAUCAAAAAAAUUCACUUUUUCAAAAUUGUUAUUGCUGCGUCCAAUGCAAAAAGUCGCGUGAAAAAAACGCGUAAAAACGCGCGACAAAUGUGUCCAAUUUGUUGAAACGCGUCUCUCUAUUUUUGAAAGAAACAUACAGUAAGACAACGAGAUAUCGAGCGAAAAACACAUGUUCCUUUGAAAUUUACUACGGUAUAUGCAAACACGGCGACGAAAUAUUGCACAUACCGUAGUAAAUUUUGAAGGAACAUGUGUUUUUCGCUCGAUAUCUCGUUGUCUUACUGUAUGUUUCUUUCAAGAAUAGAGAGACGCGUUUCCAACAAAUUGGACACAUUUGUCGCGCGUUUUUACGCGUUUUUUUCACGCGACGUUUUGCAUUGGACGCAGCAUAUAUCAAAAUUGGAGAAUUUUUGAAAGUAGUCCGUUAUUGAUUCAAAUUUUAUGAAAAACUAUCAUAGAAAUAUUCAGAUCAGAAAGUUUUGCUUUUAAAAAUCUUGAUGUUUUUCAUUUAAAAAAUUCACUGUUUCAAGAAAUUUAAAUACAAGUUUUGAAAUGUCAAAAUAUAAAAAAUAUCAUCAAAAAUUUAACUGUUUCAAAAUUUGUAUAUCACCAUUUUUGAUUUUUGGACUUGGUUCUACUAUCAUAUCACAAAAAAACCUAAAUUUUUUUCCCAUAAAAGUUCACUGUUUCAAUAUUGUUAUAUCAAAAUGGCAGAAUUUUUGGAUAAAGUUCAAGAUAUGCUUAGAGAAAAAUUUCACUGUUUCAAGAGAUCUAAAUAUAAGUUUUCAUAUGUCAAAAGUUAAUGUCAGAAUGUGAAAUACUUCAUCAAACAAGUUCACUGUUUCAAAAUUUCAAUAUCAAAAUUUACGAUUUUUGGACUUGGUUUGACUAGCUCACUCAUAUUCUUUCACAAAAAACCUAAAUUUUUUUCCAUAAGAAUUCACUGCUUCAAAAUUGUUAUAUCAAAAUUGCAGAAAUUUUGAAAUUAGUCCGUUAUUGAUUCAAAUCUUAUGAAAAACUAUCAAAGAAAAUUUUAGAUCAGAAAGUUUUGCUUUUAAAAAUUUUGUUUUUUUUUCAUUAAAAAUUCACUGUUUCAAAAUUUGUAUAUCAAAAUUCACGAUUUUUGGACUUGGUUUGGCUAUAUUUUCUUCACAAAAAACCUACAUUUUUUCCAUAAAAAUUCACUGCUUCAAAAUUUUUAUAUCGAAAUUGCAGAAUUUUUGAAAAAUUGUUUGGCAUAUUUUACUUUUAAAAUCCACUGUUUCAAAAAAUUUAAAUAUAAGUUUUCAAAUGUCAAUGUGUAAGAACGUCAUCAAAAAAAUUCACUGUUUCAAAGUUCAUACAUGAAAUUGGAAGAUUUUUUGAAAAUAGUACGUCUAUGAUAGUUUCUCCCAAAAUUUCACCGUUUCAAGAAAGUUAAAUAUAAGUUUUGAAAUGUUCGAAUUUAAUGACGAACUCUAUACAAGUUUUCAAAUGUCAAAAUUUAAUAUUAAAGUGUGAAAAAUAUCAUCAACAAAAAUUCACUGUUUCAAAAAUUAUACAUCAAAUAGUAAGAUGUUUGGAAAAUUGUUCAAGACAUGUUUUUUUUGCAUAAAGCUUUACUUGAAAACAUUUCUCAAAAAUAUCAUAAAAAUUUACUGUUUCAAAAUUCAUUUAUAAAAAUACAGAUUUUUUGAAAAUUGUUCGUCACAUUUCUUUUCCAAGAUUCACUGUUUCAAAAAAUUUAAAACAUAGUUUUGUUCAAAAUUCUAACAAUUUCAUUGAAAAAAUGGUCAAACAUAAUUUUCUUUUCCCAAAAUUCACUGUUUCAAAAUUUGUAUAGCAAAAUAACACAGUUUUCGAAAAUAGUUCGAUUGUGCUGCCAAAAAAUCAAAAAAAAAUGAACGACGUGAAUUUUUGAUUUUUCGACGUCCCAUAAUAAAAUCUUCAAGAAAAUUUGAGAUCAGAAAGUUUUCUUUGCAAAAAACCUUGAUUUCAUAAAAGUUCACUGUUUCAAGAAAUUUAUAUAUAAGUUUUAAAGUGAUAAAAUUUGAUACCAUGAAUAUCGCUGUUUCAGCCAAAAAAUUUCCACCUAAAAACUUGUUUUUCCAGGCGGUCCUAAAGACAUCGAAGAUCGUGUAAAUGCCAUAUCCCAAGCUCAAAAAACCGGUGAAUCCGCCGAAAAAGUGUUGGCAAAAACGCCAACAAUUGUGCAGAAAAUCGGAAUAACAUCACCACAAAUAAUCAGAAGCCCUGUAAAAACUCGAAUCAAUGAAUCGCCGCUUGGAAGACCGCCAAGACUUGUGACAACUCCGGCACCUUCCGCAAGUUCGCCGAUUAAACGCGUUGCCGCUCCCAUUCCGCAACCAUUGCCCAAAGGAUCGCCUGUCAAAAAUUUGGGAGCUAUUAUGAAGCGGAAAAUUACGCUGACACCGAGUGCGGAAGAACCGGAAGCGAAGAAGGCGGCGCGGCCAUCGAGAGCUGCGGCAAUUGCAGCAAAUCAGGCUAUGAAUACGAAAAAGGUGGGGGAAAAUGGGGGGAUUUUUGAGAAAUUUAAAGUAGUUGCCUGAUAUUUGCUGAAUAUACCAACAAAAAAACGAAUAUUUCAAAAGUUAUAAGAAUUUUUUGAAACAGUGAAUAAUUUUUGCACUGAAAUUUGAAAUUUUUCAGAAAAUCAAUGAAAUUUUCUCAAUUUUUAGGAUUUUUUCGAAACAGUGAAUAAUUUCUAGUGAUAAAAAUUGAGAAUUUUGCACUGAAAUUUGAAAUUUUUAAGAAAAAUAAUGAAAUUUUCUCGAUUUUUGCAGUGAAAUUUUAAUUUAGAAAUUUUAAAAGAAUUACUAUCUCGAAAAAAUCUUCAAAAAAUUAUAGGAAUUUUUUGAAACAGUGCAUAAUUUCUAGUGACAGAAAUUUCAAUUUUUCAGAAAAUCAAUGAAAUUUACUCAAUUCUUGUGUGAUUUACCAACGCACAUAAAAUUAAUUUUUCAGAAAUUCUUCAAAAAAUUAUAGGAAUUUUUUGAAACAGUGAAAUAUUUUUUAAUGACAAAUUUAUAAUUUUCACUGUUUCAGACUUUUUUUUCAUCACAAAAAAUUUCACUGUUUCAAAAAAUCCCUAUAAUUUUCAAAAAUAUUCUUGAAAUAUUCGUCAUCCUCAAUCUCCAGAGAAAAUCAUAUUUAAAAAUUUUUUUUCGAACUUCUAUAUUUCCAGCCUCCAACCACACCAACAACUCCAUCAUCAGCAACACCUUCGAAAUCCACAUCCUCAAAACUUCCAUCAACACCUUCUCAACCAUCCACGUCUUCUAUUUCAAGUUCAACUUCUGCACCUCAACCAUCUCCACUUCCACCUUCAACUUCUACCACAAAUUCCACAUCAUUCCUGGAUCCAUUGAGUGUUUUGGCGGCAGUUUCGGAAAUUGAACGAGAAAAAGAGGAGAAGGAUCGAGAGAGCAAAUCGAGUAGUAUUUCGCCGAAAUCGACGCAUUCAAAGGAAAAAGGUGGGGGUUUUUGAGGGAGGGAUUUUGAUGAAAAAUGAGCUGAAAUUGAGAAAAUUCAGGAAAAAUUGACCCAAAAUUAAGAAAUUUUGAGGAAAAUUGACCUAGAAAUCACAGAAAUAUCAAUUUUUGUUCUUGAAAAAAAUUCACUGUUUCAAAAAAUUGUCAAAAAUAUUGUUGUAUGUUUGAAAAUUAAUCGACCAAUAAUUAAGAAAAUUUGAGGAAAAUUGACCUAGAAGUCACAGAAACAUUAAUUUUUACUGGAUUUUUGUAUUGAAAAAAAUUCACUGUUUCAAAAUUCUGAGGAAUAUUAUUUUUUGUUUCCUCAUUGAUUGGUACUCAGAAAAUAAUUGAAAUUGACCUGAAAUUGAGAAAAUUCAAUGAAAAUUGACCUAUAAAUCACAGAAACAUCAAUUUUCAUUGAAUUGUUGUUUUUGUAAAAAUUCACUGUUUCAAAAAAUUGUCAAAAUUUUGAAGAAUGUGAUUUUUUGCUUUCUCUACCAUAGACGAUCGGAAAAUAAUUUACAUUCAAUAGAAUUUUCACUGGAUUGUUGAUAAUUCAUGACAACUAGACCAUUUUUGUUUUGAAAAAACUUCACUGUUUCAAAAAAUUGUCAAAAAUAUUGUUGUAUGUUUGAAAUUUAAUCGCCCAAUAAUUGAGAAAAUUAAUGAAAAAUUGACCCAAAAAUCACAGAAAAAUAGGGUUGGAAAAAAAUACACGGAUACACGCGCUCGAUACACGGUACACGAAUACACGCUUUUUUAUAAAUUGCUUGUAUCCGUGUACGCAAAUACACUGUUUUUCCAACCCUACAGAAAAAUAAAUUUUCAUUGGAUUUUUGUAUUGAAAAAAAUUCACUGUUUCAAAAAAUUGUCAAAAAUUUUGAGGAAUGUGAUUUUUUGGUUGAGCGUUUGGAAAAUAUAUCAAUUUCAAGCUGAGAUUUUUCAUAGAAAUUCGACCUAGAAAUCACAAAAAAAAUUAAUUUUCACCGGAUUUUUGUUUUUGAAAAAAUCCACUGUUCCAACUGAAUUUUCACUGUUUUUUUUUUUGAAAAAAAAAUAUUACUGUUUCAAAAUAUUAUAAUUAUUUCAAGAUUUUUGAAGUUUUCAUUAAUUUCGUAUUUUCACAAAAUCACAAAUAAAUAAAUUUUUAAAUUUAUUCUAGGCACAAUUUUCUCGAAAAAUCUACUGUUUCAAAAAAUUGUCAACAUUUUGGAAAUGAAUUUUUGUUGAUACAUCGCUCGAUAUUUCGAAAAUAAUUUAAUUUUAACUGAAUUUUCACUGAAUUCUGUUUUUUUUUCGAAUAAAAAAUCCACUGUUUCAAAAAAUUAUAAUCAGUUUGGGAUGUUUUUGAAAAUUUCAAUAGUGUAUAGUGACCGAAUUCACAAAAGUGGUAUACCAAAAGUUUGGGAUUUGUCCAACAAUUUUUGGUACGCCAAUUUUUUUAAAUUUUGGUAUACCACUUUUGUGAAUUCGACCCCAGAAAUUUCAAUUUUCAAAAAUUUACUGUUUCAAAAAAUUGUCAAAAAUUUGAAGAAUAAUUCCUCAGGAAUAUAAUUUUUUUGUUUUUUGAACAAUAAAAAUCCGCUGUUUCAAAAAAUUAUUAUCAACUUGAUAUAUUUUGAAAUUUUCAAUUGAACAUCUGAUUCACACCUGACGAGAGAGUGUCACAAAAUUUUUGUGCAGCGUGAAAAUUUUUGCAAAAAAAAAUUAGGCAGCGUGAAAUUUUGAAUUUUUGAAAAUUUUCAUCAAAAUCGGCUGAAAAUCAAUGAAAACUACACUUUUUCGUGAAAAAAAGUACAGUGUGACCUUUGAAUUUUUUUGUACAGUGUCCAUUCUGGACACGUCUCGUCAGGUGUGAUCUGAUUGCUCUUUUAAAAAAUUCAUUUCAACUAAGUUUUCAUCGGAACUCGAGAAUUCUGGGAAAAUUGACCUAAAAAUCACAAUUUUUGUAUUGGAAAAAAUCCACUGUUUCAAAUAAUUGUCAACAUUUUAGAUGAUUUCGAAUUUUCAAUAGCAAAAAAAUGGCCCCCAAAAAUCUACGUUUCAAAAAAUUGUUAAAUUUCUAGAAAAUCAUUCAUUUUUAAUUCCAACAUUUUUAAUUCUCUCUCUUUCUCAAAAUCAAAAAUUACUGAAAAAUCGGAAUUAAAUUUGAAAAAAAUCCACUGUUUCCAAAAAUUGUCAAAAAUUUUCUAGAAAAAUACAAUUUUUGUUAAAGACCCUCAAUUUACCCUCCGAAAUCGCCCUAAAUACCAAAGUUUCCGCUAAAAAUUGACCUGAAAUUAAAUUUUCAUCAAAUUUUCUUCCAGCUCCUCGUCGAUCUUCCCGCGGACAAAAAUCGAAUGAACCUGAAGCCAAAAAAUAA